AACCCUAAUCUUUUCCGGCAUGUCCAUCUUCCCGCAGGAAGAAGAAAGAAAAAUCAGAUUUUUAUUUAAAACAAUAACGUGCCGAGGUUAACUCCUUCAUCCCCGCGGUCCUCUCCCCCUCCCAUUAUUUAAUCGCAGCACCAGCCGCGAUACAUAGCGAAGAGGGAGGACUGCUCGCGGAAUUUCCCCUGAAAUGUGGGAGCAUUGCUUCAACGAGCGCCGUGCGCGCAAGAUCCAGCGAGCUCUCCGCAAAGGAAAGCUCACCCUUUUAUGCCUCUUCAUGACCAUCAUCGUCCUCCGCGGCACUCUCGGCGCCGGCAAAUUCGGCACGCCGGAGCAGGAUUUCAACAAACUCAGCGGCCGCCUCCACUCUCGCCACCGUAUCCUCAUCGAGCAGCAUUCCUCAUCUUCCUCCACCACCGGCGUCGCAGAAGAAGAGGAUCCGGUUCCAGAUUCUGCCAAGCUGUAUUCCCUCGGUCCCAAAAUCUCCGAUUGGGAUAACCAGCGCGCUCAAUGGCUCCAAUCCCAUCCCGAAACCCCCAAUUUCCUAACCGCGACAAAACCCCGCGUGCUCCUUGUCACCGGAUCCUCUCCCAAGCCCUGCGAAAACCCUGUCGGCGAUCAUUAUCUCUUGAAAUCGAUCAAGAACAAGAUCGACUACUGCCGCGUUCAUGGAAUCGAGAUCUUUUACAACAUGGCUCUUCUGGAUGCCGAAAUGGCCGGAUUCUGGGCCAAGCUUCCCCUCAUUCGCAAACUCCUCCUCUCCCACCCUGAAAUCGAGUUUCUAUGGUGGAUGGAUUCCGACGCAAUGUUCACCGACAUGGCCUUCGAGCUCCCCUGGGACCGCUACGCAUCUUAUAACCUCAUCAUGCACGGCUGGAACGAGAUGGUGUACGAUGACCGGAACUGGAUCGGCCUCAACACCGGAAGCUUUCUCCUCCGGAAUUCCCAAUGGUCGCUUGAUCUUCUCGAUGCUUGGGCUCCCAUGGGUCCUAAGGGCAAAAUCCGGGAGGAAGCCGGUAAGAUCCUUACCCAGUUUCUGAAAGACCGACCGGUGUUUGAAGCCGACGAUCAGUCCGCCAUGGUUUACCUCCUCGUCACCCAGAAAAAUCGAUGGGCCGAUAAGGUCUACCUCGAGAGCGCUUACUAUCUCCAUGGAUACUGGGGAAUUCUUGUGGAUAGGUAUGAGGAGAUGAUGGAGAACUAUCACCCAGGUCUCGGCGACCAUCGUUGGCCUCUUGUCACGCAUUUUGUCGGCUGUAAGCCGUGUGGGAAGUUUGGGGACUAUCCUGUAGAACGAUGCCUGAAGCAGAUGGACAGAGCGUUCAAUUUUGGGGACAAUCAGAUCCUGCAAAUGUAUGGUUUUUCUCACAGAUCAUUGGCGAGCUGGAAGGUGAAGAGAGUUCGAAAUGAAACGGCUAAUCCUCUGGAGGUCAAGGAUGAACUUGGAUUGCUUCAUCCACAAUUUAAAGCAGCAGCUAAGGUUCUGAAUUCUGGAUCUUGAUUUUCAUUCUUUUGCAAUGUGUUCUGUGAAAUACGGGAUCUGGAUUUGGUUCUCGAUGUGUAUUUUGGAGUUAACAAAAGUAUGAUUUUUAUGAUAUAGUUUAUUGAUUUUAAUGCUAAUUUUUUUGUGAGGCAUUCUCAAUCUGAAAGAUGAAUUGACUUGAUC